AUGGCCCAAAUUCACACAGUAGAUAACACAACAUCCCCAUACUCUUACCCCCUCAAGCAGAUCCCUGCCAAAUCAACCUGCAUGCCCAUCCCCAUGCCCGCCCCGGACCUCCCCACAGAAUCCCCAUCUCCAUCCCCAUCAUCAAAACCAAGAAACCCCGGCUACUCUGACCUAGCAAGCCUAAUGUACAAAGAUAAAGGCCUCUCGAUAUUCCGGUCCUUCCGACACCUGAAUGCAAAGAACCUCCUCUACUACCAAGCCGAGAUCGUAAACGCUGAAGCCGAGUUGCAAGAGAUUAUUGAAGACGACGCCACCUCGGGCGAUACAGACCGCGAGAAGUUCGCGUCCUCAGUGAGGUACCUCAAGGACAGCCAGUUUCCGCCGUCCGAGCAGUGGAAAAAAUUUAUUGAGUUGAGAGGUUUGUUGGAGGCGUAUAACGCCGCAGUUCUCCAAUAUGCCUCAAUCCUGCAGCUGGCAGCACCGCACGAGAACGACCGGGAGUUACUGCGCUCGUGGCUCCGAGAGUGGGCGUUCUGCAAGACCGGCGCCGAGUUCGACCAGUGGUUUGGCGAGCGCGAUGAGAAUGCCGACGAUCUGGUUACGCUGUUGGGGAGGUAUGAGAAUGUAGAUCACUUUACGAAGUGGGUGAUUCAGAGUGUCAUUCCGGCUUUCCAUGAGUGGGUGGGAUGGAGGCGGACGAACGACAGGGAUAUAGAGAUGGGAAUCGUUACGUAUGACGAUAAGAAGGUUAAGCGCGCGACAAGGAUCGCGAGCACGAUUACGUCGUCGGUUAUACCAGCGAGUUCGAUGAUUGCACUUUAUCUGAUCAAGAAUAUGAUUACACGGCUGAUUAUUAUCAUCAUUUAUAACAUCGCCUUCUCUGUUAUACUAGGGCUCCUGGCGAAGGCGCGGCGGGUCGAGGUGUUUGCGGCUUCGACGGCGUAG